UUCAUUAUUGACUCUACAAUGUCAAUAUUUGAAAGCAGCACUCCUUGAAACUGAUUCCUCGUUGCAAAUUCUUUUAAAAAACUUAUUUCACUAAGCUUGAUGUUCCUCAAGUGUAGGUUGUGAAAUAAGUCACCUGUUGAAAAAUAAUUCCAAUUUCUAUGAAGAUUGAAAUAAGAUAGUUACAUAACUUUCUAUUUGAAAUGCGGAGGCUACUUCUUGUCUCUUGGAUAGCAAUGGUUAGCAGAUUGAAUUACUUUUCGUCACAUUAGCUAGGGUUAUCAACGUAUAUAUUUUUACAACUCAUAUUUCUCUAUAUAUAAGCUAACAGUAUUGACCCACAUUUGAACUAUAUGCCUACUACUGCAUACAAUAGCCGAUUAGAUUUGCAUAAAAAAUUGGAUUCAGUUAUAUAUAGAGCCAUUCAUAUCUUCUUCAAUUGUGAGCUUGUAAAAGAAUGGAAGGAAUAUAGAGGACACAUCUAGAAGAUUUUUAUGUAUGAGGUCGAUGGCUGUUUAACUGUAACUGAUUAUGAUACUUUCAUUCGCAUGAUCAGAUUUUCAAAUAAAGCGGUCGUGAUACUGGUUAACAACACCAAGGAUUGUCCAGACUGUGCUAAAGCUUUGCAACUAGUCAAGCAAAAGCUGAAGAGCUCUAAAGUACAGUGCUUGGUCCACGAUCAUGUGUCUGAAAUAUCAGGAGAGUUUGAUUUCAAUUUAAAUGGUUAUAUUUUCCCUGCUGUUUAUUUCUUCAAGGAUGGUGAAGAGAUUUCAAGCUAUGUUCAGACAGAAAUCCUACCCGAGAAUAUUGCAACAGGUCUUCUGCUGUUAAAUUGAUAGAAAAGAUUAGAUAUAAUUUGGAAAGAAAAAAAAAUUAUUAUUAAAUAG